CUAAACAUGAGGAAAAUGCCCAGAAUGAAAGAUUGUGUAUCAUGGGGUGGUGGAACAGUCUGGUAAGGAGUGUUGUGGCACGGGAUGGGAUUUGGCAGUUGAGUGGACCGACCACGCUGGCAGAACUUCAGUCCAGCACAUCACAUGAGAUGGGAGAGGAAACCUGACCUUGGAUUUAUAAAAAGAAACUGGGAUAAAAGGGGACUGAUGGAGUGCCAGAAGCUGCUGUCCAGAGAGGCUUGGGAGGAAGUGGGAAUUAAAGGUGCUGCUGGUUAGCAGUAGUCGUCAUCCUGACCGAUGGAUUGUCCCUGGGGGUGGCAUGGAGCCCGAGGAGGAGCCCAACAUGGCAGCUGUGCGAGAAGUCUGUGAAGAGGCUGGAGUGAAAGGGACGUUAGGAAGAUUAGUGGGAAUUUUUGAGAAUCGGGACAGGAAACACAGGACAUAUGUUUACGUACUUAUCGUCACAGAAGUGUUGGAAGACUGGGAGGACUCUGUCAAUAUAGGAAGGAAAAGGGAAUGGUUUAAGAUAGAAGAUGCCAUAAAAGUUCUGCAGUAUCAUAAACCAGUGCAGGCCUCGUAUUUUGAAACCUUGAGGCAAGGUUGUUUGGCAAACAACGGCACUCCUGUCAUGACCACGACAUACUCUGAGAGCUCCGUGUCUGACAUCAGAUGACUGAAGACGUCCCUAUAAGAGAAAUUUUGAGAAAAAAACUGAAACAUGGAUUUCCCUCCCCUCUCCCCUUUUUCACAUGCCUCCUCUAUCAAACAAGGCAUGGGCAGCAGCCUGUGGCAGAGCAAGUGUUAAAGAGUGCUGCAAUUUAGUGCAAGGUGGGAUUUUUUUUCUUUUGUUGGCUUUUUUUUGCUUUUUUGGAUAUGUAUUUUGUAAAAUACAUUUUGUGCAUGAAGUGCCCCUUUCCCGUUACACCGCUUCCAAUGGCCUGGCGAGCGAGGCUGCCAGUUUGGCCUCUGCCUUGUGUUCUGAAGUGUCCCGUUUGUGUCAUCCCAGCCAUAGCCACUUUUUUUUUUUUUUUAAUUAAAAGACUUCAAAUGUGAGAUCAGCUCUUUAAGUCUUAGUCUGUACUGUAAGGUGCUGUUCAGACCUGUGUGGUGGUCACUUUCAGCACAUAUGUAUAAACUUUUUUUAGAUGGAGAAUCUAACAUUUUAAUUUUGCGGGAAUUUUUUUAAUCCUGGUCUGCUUCUGAAAAGAAGGGUUCAUAAUUAAUCUGUUUGCCUUUUGUUCUGUUUUUUAAAAAAUAUACAUUCUGUGACAGUGCUAGUGGCUGGGCCAGUUUACUCCCCAUUCAGUAUCUCCUGACUUAGUGCAGUGACACUUGAAGUUGAGGGCAGAGUUUUGAUCACCUGCAGACAUCCCUCCUGCUCCGUUGCUUCUCCUACAGCUUCCACCAAUGUUUCUGCAUUUACAUCAAAAUGAAACAAAAAAGGAGUUGGUCUUCUAACACAUGGCCAAAAAUAAAUAGCCUCAGAAACGCUAUGAUAGAAACUGAAUUUCAUUGUCUGUGGUAGGAAUUGGGGAUUCAGAGUGGGGUCAAAGUCUGAGAAACUGGAGCGUCAAUCACCAAUGCUGUUCUGCUGAUCCUGCUGCGUUCUGCUGAUGUCUCUUCUUGUCCACAUGCCUUAUACCGUGCUGAACUGAAUACUUGUAAUUUGUGCUAAAGCAUUGGAUUGUACUUACUGAGUGUUACUGCAUGAACCCUCGGUUGGAUAACCAUGUGUGUCCCUGAAAAGAAGUCCUGGGGGAAAAAUUCAGGUGUUCAAUCUCUUGUCCUGUGGUUCUGCAACACUUAAAAUUGCACCAUGGAGCAUGUUCAAAAUGUUUAAACUCUCCCUCUGUGAAAGGUACAGCUGACUCCCGAGCAGAAUUGCUAGCUGGAGAAGUACACUGUUUAAUAGGAUAGUUCCCCUGAUGCAUUGGCACGCUUCACAUUAUUAUUAUUUUUUUUGUUGUUGUUUUUAUUGAUGUAAGUUUCAUGCUGUCUUGAUUUGCCAACAGUGUUGUCUAGUUGGGAAAUAAAAUGGGAAGGGUUGGGGCUGGGGGGUGGGUUCAGACAGGUACAAGUUUUGGGAGGGGCAUUAAUUAAUCCCUGGCUUGGGACAAGAAGUAGUUGCUGAAUUCAGUAACUUCUCCUUUGUCGGAGCAUAGCCAAGAUGUGAAAUUAAAUCUGCAGUGCUCUUUUUUCUUUUUUUUUUUCCCUCUUUUUUUUUUUUUUCUCCUCCUCUUUAUUUAACAAAAAAUAUUCUAAUAAAUACUCACUGUUCCAGAGUUUUCUCUGUUCCCGAGAAGCGCUUACAAUAUGAAAAUCUGAUAGAAAUAUCCAUGGAGCCUGGGACAAGGGGGAAUGGUAUCCUUGCUGCUUUGGCAAGAAGCUGUUCAUUUUAAGAUCCUAUUCUGUUCCUUUACUUGUUCUCCUUGCUUUCAUCAGUGUGGAGUAGCAAGGCCAAAAGCAGUGCCAGUGAUUGCUAACAUGAAAAACCACGCAUAAGAAAAAGCUGAGAGGCAUUAUUCAAGAAGUAGCUUGAAACUGAGCAUCUGGAAUUGAGCCUAAAUUACACCAGUUCAGUUCACUUCAACUUAGAGACGAAUGUACAAUGCUUUCUUACUCUGUGCUGAUCGGCCUGAACCAAACUCUCAAAAGGGCUUGAAUAUUGUAUCUGGAAGCGUACAAGAAAUUCAGACAGUCCACUGUUACCGAGCCCUGAGUGGCACCUAACACAGCCAUCUACUGCCUUCAAUUGAGUUUUUGUCUUCACUGUACAGAUUAGUACGUUGAAAAUGGUUUGCAACAAAACAGCUGGUACUCCUGAAAGAGUAACUGCAGUUUUAAUAUCAACAGCAUGCACACUUUUGUUUUUAAAACUAAAAAUGUUUUUACAGGGCUGUUAAACUGACAAUUUAGGGUAGAAUAUUGUUAAUGAUUUGCUAAUGGCUUAUUUGUUUGGGUCAGAAAAAUAAAUUGUGCCAAGAAAGUGUUUAAAUGUGGCAUGAAUUGAUGCUGUUAACACAGUAACAUCAAGUGGCUGAUAUUAUGCCUUCUUAACUGGAAAUAGCUCCUGGGGUAGAAAUAGCCUUUACUCAACAGACGUGGAUUUCAAAACAGGCCUUAGGCCUGUGAAUCUCUCCCUGCACCACACGAAUUCCCGUCUUCCUCAGCAUCUGAGGUUCUUCUCUAGUAACUGGUAUAGCUGCGUGCCCUAGCAGUUUUAAGUGAUUUUAUCCAAAAUUAUGUUAAAUUGGUUUGGGACCGACAAUCAAACUACCUUUAAUAGUGACAAAAACGUUGUUCUAAGGAUGGUGUGUGCUCUGGGUUUCGCAGUACAGGCUAGUGCCUGCUUGAUUCAACUGCUUAGGGCUGCUGUCACGACCAACUGCUGAAAAACCCUGUAGGAUUAGACUCCAGCGUUGCUAAAACUGGUGCUAUAUCGAGCUAGUGUUGGAGAUAGUGGGAUUCUUACCUCAAAUGAUGUAGUGUCUAGCCUGACCCCUUGAAUGGAGCAUUACGGUGUGUCUCAGCUUCCCGUUGAAGAAUAACGUUCUUAGUUUGGCUUUCAACUUAGCUUCCAUCGUACCUGGCGCAGUGCUCUGUAGUUAAAACAGAGGAAUACCAGUGCUUCGUUUAGACAUCCUGCAAGUUUGCAGCAAAUUCAUCGAGUCACCCUCAAGUUUUCAGGUUUCAGAUGCUUGUCUUGGUUCUUUGAAAUGUGGUUUGUGGUAAAUGCCAGGCGUGUUGAUGCGCAUCCUCCAGCUCAGGGUGGGGGGCUACUGUUAAUCACCUGGCAGCACACCUCUGAACCCUGGGGUCUCGGGAAAAACUUCAGUGUCCUCUGCAACUUCUUAGGGGUAAUUUCCCUAAUACGGUUACUUUUUCCCUUGCUGCUUUUCAUACGUGUAUUUGUGGUAUAUACAAGGACACCUCACUCUUGAUACAUCAGGAAGCAAGUCUGCCGGCAGCGAGGAAGAGGAGGAAAAUUACUGGCCCUUGAAGCACUCGAAUACUGGAUUUCUCUAUGCACCUAAGUGUCACCUCAGGGUUGCAAGAUGAGUGAUGAAGAAAGAGGAAGAGGGAGACCCGCUGCUCAGUGCAGGGAGGUUCUCUGAGCGAUUCCCGAUUCACUUCCUCAAGUAUUGUCAAAAUCAGAAAUCCUCAUAGAGCAGAGUUGCAUUCUGCCAUCUGGAUUUUUAAAUGUAUUUGAGACCUUAAUGGGAGAAGACAACUGCAUUCAGCGCUUACACCACCGCUUAGUGUGAUGAUCUUUCAAACCUCAAAAUACUGACAAAAAUCUGGAUUUCUGUCACUGGAAGCAUCUGACGGACCAGCUUGGAUUACUGCUUGGCAGGAAAAUGUUAGCUGGUGGUUUAAGCUGAUGCUGGGUAGAGUCCUGGCGUUUGUUGACGCCAGCAUGGGAGCAGGAAGAAAAGGAAGACAUCCCUGGGGUACCAGUGUCUCCAGUGGCUGCUGCUUGAUUCUUCCAGCAGGAUUUAUCAGAUCCGACACCCUUCUGAUGAUCUCGAUUGAUGCGUAAAACUCAAGAGGCAGGUGGAUGUCCCUCUGCAGAAGAGUGCCACGUGUUCUUGAACUUAGCAGAGCUGAAACUGUACGUACCAAGCUCUAGGUCUUCCUCAAAUAAGGUUUUGGUAUGGUGGAACAGGGAUUUCGAUGCAUUGGUUAAUGUCAACUUAGAAAUCGUGUGCGAUGGAAAACGUACAGUGCCUUUGUCUUGACGUGGUUACUGUGAGAUGGAUCUUGGGUUUCAAACAUGACUUGUUCAUGCUGAGGCUUUUCAAAGGCAUGUUUCAAAAGGAAGAACCUUUUUUUUUCAGUUAAAAGUAACAUGUAUCGUUUCCUAUUUGGUGAAGCUCUCCCCCAGUAUCCAACAGGCGUGCCAUGCCGCUGUGCUGGUGUUGGUGCCUGGCCGUGACAGGACGCUGCCAGGCCCGGGAGGUGAUGCCUUUCCUGGGAGAUGCCUAGAGGAGAGAGAAAGAAGGUUAGUUUGGUUUUGGGUUUUUUUUUUCCAUUCCCCCUGAAAUUUGGCAUUCAGUGCUGUUAAAGUACUUUUGGUCGCUUCACAAAGAUGUCUUUUGGUAUCUUCACAAAGAUGGAUUGUUUAAUUCUAGGCGGUAGUUUAUUGGCAAUAGAGAAACUUGGUAUUGUUACAAAGCCAGGGGAGGCUUGUACCUCCUUCAUCUUUGCAGAGUGUUUCUGCUUCUUACCAGCACUGGCUGAGCUGUUCUGUGCUCUCACAGGGUUAGCCAGAGCUGCUCUGGCAGAGCUCAGCAAACCCUUGCUCAGAACUGCAGGGGCUUCUUGGCAGUACGUGUGCUUGGCAUUUGCCUCUCCAGGUACAUCGUUUGGCAAGACAUUCCUUUGAGUUAAUGGCUGCUUUGCACACUAAAAAUAGCUGUUUUUUCAAAUUGAAAAUGCGUUAGACUUUGAACUGUAAAAACUCUUCAGGACUGAGGCAGUGACAGCCGAUAGGGUGUGGGAUGUAAUGGCAGUCUGGCUCACUGGCUGCUGGGCCAUGAGCACUGGAUAGGGUAAAUAUUACUUGCUCAUGAUUUUGAACUCUCAGAAUAAGGCAAGUAGCCUCUGGGUGGGUUUACAGCUGAAAUAUCUUGAGAGGAAUCUUGCAAAAAGGGUGUAUGAGGAAUGAGGCUGUUCAGUAAGUGUAGGGCAGUUGCAUCACCUGUAGCAAACAGAUAAUUCAGAAGUUGCUCAUGGUCGGCCAGCUCAUUUGUUAGUGUUUAAUGCUGUUAAACAGAGCUGAAGUCAUAGACUGGUAUUACUGAUAAAACUGUUAGUCAGUAACUAUAAUUAAAAUGGACUAGAAGGGGGUAAAAAUUUGGGCUUUAGCGGAGAGGCACCUCAUAAUGAGGUGUUUUUUAGCUGCCACGUGGAACACAUGGAGAGAGUAUAUCUGGCUGUUGAAGUCUUGCUGUUUCUUCCCCCAUCCCUUGCUCAUGUUCAGUACAGUGAGGUGCGAGGAAAUACUGGGAGCAGCCAUUGGUUCUUGAUAGUAAACCUGGUGUGAUUUAACUGAGCUCUGUGUACGUUACACUAUGAGAAACUAUUAGAUGUACAGGUAAAGCAAGCCCAGCCCUGGCUCUCCUCAGAUAACAUCUCUUGCCUUGCUUUGCCGUGAGGAAGGUGCCACAGACAGGUGCUGUCUCUCUGCGUCUUUUUGAAAUAGAUCCUUUGGGAUUUGUUUCCUUUUUUUCUUCCAUUCUGGGGACAUGGUUCCUUCUUUGGUUUAUUUGGUUCCAGCUGAGCGAGGCAGGUGCGUUUUUGAACGGCUGCGCUGUGACAUAAAAAAACGCUUGAGUGGUGCUGGUGGGGAAGGAGCAGAGCUGUCCGGGGGGGGCUGCACCCAUGGGUGGCUGUGGAGGACUGCACCCAAACAACCUGUGGCAUCUCUGGUGAUGGCCUUCGGUCUCACUGCUGUGGAGGAAGGUCAGAGCUCUGGCUGGGGGCUGGGAAGGAGCUGCGAUGUAAGCACUGACAGCAGCUUUUUCACUCAGCAGAUAGACAUUGUGUGCACUUCCCAGAUUCCUAUUGAGCAAGAAGGCAGUUUUAAUUCGGCGUGAUCUUGAAUGUGCCUUAAAGCAAACUCUACAAACUGAAAAAUUAAAAGGGUUUGGAAUCUGCUAGUGUUGCGUUUUCCCUUGUGCAGACACAAGAGUAUUCAGUGGCUAAAAAUGUGGGUAGGGAAUGUCAGGAAUCCUCAGUUCCCUUCCCAGAUCUAGCCCGGACUUUGGGCCUCUGCCUCAACUUUUCCAUGCAGAAAAUGUGUUCGCCGUUUUGCAACACACUGGUUUCUCCAGAAGAGCAAAAUAUUUGAGGCUGCAUAGAUCGAAUGUUUGCCUCUCCCAGUUGUAACAGCUUUGUAUUUUCUUGCUCAUUCUCAGAAAUGUGGUUUUAUCCCAAAUUGAGAUGUUUUGUGCUUCUCAGGCAGCCAGAUGCAAUGCAAUUUUGCAACCUGUGCAAAACACCCAGUAAAAGCAAACGUGGGUGAUCUGGGAGUUUGUGAAAGAUUGCAUAUUUAAUUUUCCCAGAGAGGAAACUACGGCCGGUGCCGAUUCUGGGGAGAGGAUUGAAAUCAGUCGGUCUCUUUAGCCAAACUCGCACCAAGAAACAAAGUUGUUGCAGAUGCUUGUUGGUGUGAAGAGCUUUUAUCUUCUAAAGGCACUCGGCAACUUUGUGUAAUUCACCCACUGCUCUGGUCCUGCUUUUAAAUGACUAGGUUUUCCCUCCUGGCUCUGCUCUUCCUGGUUAAUAAGAUAGCAUCAUCUAGUGGCUAAUCACAGCCUGGGGAUGUGGGUGACCUUGCUUCUGGUGUAUGCUCACAUCUUGUCUCGGUCUUGGAGACUAUAACAUGCGUAUAUCUGAAUGUGAUCCUCACUUUUCUCGGUGGUAGAAUGAAUUUAAUACAGUCAGGGAGGACUCUCGGCUUCAGUGGUGGAAGGUGGCGUGUAGAUACGUGUCGUGUUUUACUGGGUAUAGCGUCAUGAGAUCUGUACAUAAUUGAGAGAGGUGUAAAUGGGUGAAAAAGAACACUUAACUGGUUUGAAGAUGUAUUUAGGAGAUUUAUGAAAUCUCUCUUUUGGUGCUAGUUGAUAGGGGUUUGGGUUUUUUUUUUUUUUUUUUUUUUUUUUUUUUGGUGGGAAAGGGAGAAUUUUGAAGUUAUACUUGAGAAAUUGGCUCUAGAAUUGCCUCAGACAUUAACCUUGGGAGGUCCAAAAGUGUUUGCUGAACUUCCUGUGUGUCCUAUUGCCUAUUUAUUAAAUCAGAAGAUCUGGAAUGAUCACUUUGCAUUUUCUGCUCAGUCUUUUCAUGAACUCUCUGUACCCGAGACUCCCUGGCAGCACCCCCUGAGCUGGGAGAACUGGAUCCCAGACCCCACCAGCACGUGUGCCUGGCAGUGGGAUAAAUAACGGGGGUGCAUCCCCCUGCGCCCGGCACGAGGUAGAUGUCUGUGGGUAUGAGCAUAUCUGCCUGAGGCUUUUCCAGUCCUUAUCGAACCGAGAUACCUCCAAGAUCAAAGCUGUGAGGCUUUGACCGUCUCUUCUGUUCGUGUUUGAGCUGGUACGUUCGAACUCACCUUCGCGACCAAGGAUAAGACUUUGUUACUGAUCCAGGUACUGACCUGCUCCGACCUCUCCUGCUUGGCAGCGUCAACGUGAGCAGUCUCUGUGGAAAAUGUUUUUUUUUUUUUUUUAAACCUUGUGAUUACUUUCCUGAAUCAUUCAAGUGUCCAAGCCUGGGGUGGGGGGGUCGAUGGCAGCAGCGGAGCGCGGUGAGUGAUCUCCCCGGGGAUGUGGAGGUGUCGCUCGGGACGUCUCAGCGGAGGCUCUUGUGCUGCUGCUGCUGCUGCCCAGCUUUCACAUGGAAACGUCAGUGAGUUUGGAGGAGGAAGAGUGAUGUAGAGAACAGACUUGCUAAUUUAUUAGAAGCAAAAGAAGCCUGAGAUUGUCAGUGAUUUUCAAUGAAUCGUAAGUAAGUUAAAUACCCAUUUCUCUGCAUUCUAGAUGGCUUUGGACUUGUAAUUCCCAUAAUCUCUUUUGGUUUAUUUUUCUGGCUGCAGACUUCUGUUCCCCACUACAGUGCUUCGUGUUUCUAAUCUUCUGGUAAAGUUAACUUGUUUUUUUUAAUGAUAAAUUAAAUUGAAAUGGUUUGCAAAAACACUUUACAACUGCAAGGGCACUUUGGAAAUCUAGCGUUUCAGCUGAUGCUUUUUCUUACUGACUUGGACUUGUUCUUACUUACGACACAUUUGUUCAAAGUCAAAUGCAUUCAGUAGAAAACACAUUUUGUUUUCUUUGAGGCUCAGAUCUUAGUUUGAACCUAUGAAUAAUGCAGGUGCUCUCUUGCUCCUGCUUAGUCUUGGCUGGCAGGUAUAUUGUAUACCUGCAUAAUUUUGACCUUUUCAUCCAUAGUGUUUCCAGAAAGACCGGAGGGCGCUCUGUCUGCUCCACGCUCAGCUCUGGUGUCAUUACAAACCCCCGUCCCUCUUCUGCAAAUGAGUCUUGGUGUGUUUUGAGCCAGAUGUUGUGAGAUGGCGUGAAGCUGCGCUGGUGUACGGCAGCUGGCAGUCUGGUUCCUUUCUCAAGGUGUUUCCUCUGUUUGAGUUGUGUGUGAGGGGGAGGUCAUCACUGUCUUUAAAAGA